GGAAGUGCCGGCCUGGAGCCCGCGCUAGGUGGCUGUCCUAACAUUGCCCAGCCGCUGUCUGCACCAGUCAUGGACUGCUACACGGCGAACUGGAACCCGCUCGGGGACUCUGCCUUUUACCGGAAAUAUGAACUGUACAGCAUGGACUGGGACCUGAAAGAGGAACUCAGGGACUGCCUGGUGGCUGCUGCACCCUAUGGGGGCCCCAUUGCGCUGCUGAGGAACCCCUGGAGGAAGGAGAAAGCUGCCAGCGUGCGACCAGUACUUGAGAUUUACUCUGCUUCUGGUAUGCCUCUAGCCAGCCUACUGUGGAAGAGUGGACCUGUGGUGUCCCUGGGCUGGUCAGCUGAGGAGGAGUUGCUUUGUGUGCAGGAAGAYGGUGCAGUGCUGGUUUAUGGGCUUCAUGGUGACUUCCGAAGACACUUCAGCAUGGGCAAUGAGGUGCUCCAGAACCGGGUUCUGGAUGCCCGGAUCUUUCACACUGAAUUUGGUUCUGGGGUGGCCAUCCUCACGGGGGCCCAUCGUUUUACCCUCAGUGCCARUGUGGGCGAUCUCAAACUCCGCCGGAUGCCAGAGGUACCAGGUCUACAAAGUGCACCCUCAUGCUGGACCACACUCUGCCAGGACCGAGUAGCACACAUUCUCCUGGCUGUGGGGCCUGAUCUUUACCUCCUGGACCAUGCAACCUGCUCUGCAGUGACGCCUCCUGGCCUGGCCCCAGGAGUGAGCAGCUUCCUGCAGAUGGCUGUCUCCUUCACCUACCGGCACCUGGCGCUCUUCACAGACACAGGCUAUAUCUGGAUGGGGACAGCAUCACUCAAGGAGAAGCUAUGUGAAUUCAACUGCAACAUUCGGGCACCCCCGAAGCAGAUGGUCUGGUGCAGUCGUCCUCGCAGCAAGGAAAGGGCUGUCGUGGUGGCCUGGGAGAGGCUGCUAAUGGUGGUGGGCGAUGCACCUGAGAGCAUUCAGUUUGUGCUUGAUGAGGAUUCCUACCUGGUACCUGAACUUGAUGGGGUCCGCAUCUUCUCCCGCAGCACCCAUGAGUUUCUACAUGAGGUUCCAGUGGCCAGUGAGGAGAUCUUCAAAAUUGCCUCGAUGGCCCCCGGAGCACUACUGUUGGAGGCCCAGAAGGAGUAUGAGAAAGAAAGCCAGAAAGCAGAUGAGUACCUACGAGAAAUCCAGGAGCUGGGGCAGCUGACUCAGGCCGUGCAGCAAUGCAUUGAGGCUGCAGGACACGAACACCGACCAGACAUGCAGAAGCGUCUGCUCAGGGCAGCUUCGUUUGGGAAGUGUUUCCUUGACAGAUUUCCACCUGAUAGUUUCGUGCACAUGUGUCAGGACCUGCGUGUGCUCAAUGCUGUCCGGGACUACCACAUUGGGAUUCCCCUCACCUAUAGCCAAUAUAAGCAGCUCACCAUCCAGGUGCUCCUGGACAGGCUUGUAUUGCGGAGGCUAUAUCCCCUGGCCAUCCAGAUAUGUGAGUACCUGCGUCUUCCAGAAGUACAGGGCGUCAGCAGGAUCCUGGCCCACUGGGCCUGCUACAAGGUGCAGCAGAAAGAUGUAUCAGAUGAGGAUGUUGCACGGGCCAUUAAUCAGAAGCUGGGGGACACGCCUGGUGUCUCAUACUCUGACAUUGCUGCGCGGGCCUAUGGCUGUGGCCGCACAGAGCUGGCCAUCAAGCUGCUGGAAUAUGAGCCACGCUCAGGGGAGCAAGUGCCCCUUCUCCUAAAGAUGAAGAGGAGCAAACUAGCACUGAGCAAGGCCAUCGAGAGUGGGGACACUGACCUGGUGUUCACAGUAUUGCUGCACCUGAAGAACGAGCUGAACCGAGGAGACUUUUUCAUGACCCUCCGGAACCAGCCCAUGGCCCUGAGUUUAUAUCGACAGUUCUGUAAGCAUCAGGAGCUAGAGACACUGAAGGACCUUUACAAUCAAGAUGACAAUCACCAGGAGCUGGGCAGCUUCCACAUUCAAGCCAGCUAUGCUACAGGAGAGCGUAUUGAGGGACGCGUAGCAGCUCUGCAGACAGCAGCUGAUGCCUUUUACAAGGCCAAGAAUGAGUUUGCAGCCAAGGCUACAGAGGAUCAAAUGCGGCUCCUACGGCUACAGAGGCGCCUAGAAGAUGAGUUGGGGGGCCAGUUUCUAGACCUGUCUCUACAUGACACGGUCACCACCCUCAUCCUCAACGGCCAUAACAAACGUGCAGAACAACUGGCCCGUGAUUUCCGCAUCCCUGACAAGAGGCUUUGGUGGCUAAAGCUGACUGCCCUGGCAGAUUUGGAAGACUGGGAGGAACUGGAAAAGUUUUCUAAGAGCAAGAAAUCACCCAUCGGUUACCUGCCCUUUGUGGAAAUCUGCAUGAAACAACACAACAAAUAUGAGGCCAAGAAGUACGCUUCCCGAGUGGGUCCUGAGCAAAAGGUCAAGGCUUUGCUUCUCGUUGGGGAUGUGGCUCAGGCUGCAGAUGUGGCCAUCGAGCACCGGAACGAGGCUGAGCUGAGCCUUGUAUUGUCCCACUGCACUGGAGCCACAGAUGGAGCCACAGCUGACAAGAUUCAACGAGCCAGAGCACAAGCCCAGAAGAAGUGAGGAAUACUCCCUUCAGGGGGUUCUUCCCCUAGACCCUGGUCUUGGCAGAAGAAGUACUUUAUCCAGCUCCUUCCCCAGAGCAAAGCUGAGGAAGGGGCCGGAGAGGAGGGGACUCUCAUUGUAAAUAAAGAUGGGACACUU